ACAAAAUAAUAAUAAUAACUAUAAUAAAUGUAAUGAUAAUAAUGAGGAUUUUUACAAUGAUAAUAAUAAUGAAGAUGAUAAGGAUAAUAAAAUUAAUGAUAGAAAUGAUAAAAAUGGGAAUAAUUACAAUGAUGAAAAUAUUUCACACAAUAAUAAUAGUAAUUAUGAUAGUAAUAAUGUAGAUAAAGAAUAUUAUAAUUUAGGAAUAAUUAAUGAUAUCAUUAAUAAUAAUGACAAAGAUGAGGUAAUUCUAGCUUUUACUCAUUCUACUGCUAUACUUUUAACAUUUAAUGCAUUAUUCAUUUGUAAUAAAGUAUGA